CUUCGCACGGGGCGGAACGUUCCUUUCAGUGCAGGACCAGGCUGCUGCGGGAGGAAGGCGCAGCCGUUGGGAGCCCCGAAGAAAGGAGACACGGAGAAAGUGAGGAGCUCUCAUUUCUCCCCUUUAGGGGCACUCUGGCCACCAUGGAGGACGGCAUCUAUGUGCCUCCAGACCUGACACCAGAGGAGAGGCUAGAGUUGGACAACAUCCGACGGCGGAAGCAGGAGCUCCUGGUGGAAAUCCAGCGGCUGCGAGAUGAGCUCAGCGAAGCGAUGAAUGAGGUGGAGGGGCUGGAAGCCAAUGAGGGAAGUAAAACGCUUCAGAGAAACCGGAAGAUGGGGAUGGGCCGCAAGAAAUUCAACAUGGAUCCCAAAAAAGGAAUCCAGUUCCUGGUGGAAAAUGAACUGCUGCGCUCCACCCCCGAGGACAUUGCCCGCUUCCUCUACAAAGGGGAAGGGCUCAACAAGACGGCCAUUGGCGACUACCUGGGCGAGCGGGAGGAGUUUAAUAUCGCAGUACUCCACGCCUUUGUCGAUUUGCAUGAAUUUACUGACCUCAACCUUGUGCAGGCACUCAGGCAAUUCCUGUGGAGUUUCCGACUGCCAGGAGAAGCCCAGAAAAUUGACCGUAUGAUGGAGGCCUUUGCCCAGCGGUAUUGCCUGUGCAACCCGGGAGUCUUUCAGUCCACAGAUACCUGCUACGUCCUCUCCUUCGCAGUGAUCAUGCUCAACACCAGCCUCCACAAUCCCAACGUCCGCGACAAGCCCACCGUCGAGAGGUUCAUCACCAUGAACCGCGGCAUCAACGACGGAGGGGACCUGCCUGAGGAGCUGCUGCGGAAUCUGUACGACAGCAUCCGCAACGAGCCCUUCAAGAUCCCCGAGGACGAUGGGAACGACCUGACCCACACGUUCUUUAACCCUGACCGCGAGGGCUGGCUCCUCAAGCUGGGAGGGCGAGUGAAGACGUGGAAGAGACGCUGGUUCAUCUUGACUGACAACUGCCUCUAUUACUUUGAAUACACAACAGACAAGGAACCAAGAGGAAUUAUCCCUCUGGAGAACCUGAGCAUUCGGGAAGUGGAAGACCCUCGGAAACCAAAUUGCUUUGAGCUCUACAUUCCCAACAACAAGGGCCAGCUUAUCAAAGCCUGCAAGACGGAGGCAGACGGGCGCGUGGUUGAGGGGAACCACAUGGUCUAUCGCAUUUCGGCGCCAACGCAGGAGGAGAAGGAUGAAUGGAUCAAAUCCAUCAAGGCUGCUGUGAGCGUGGAUCCGUUUUACGAGAUGCUGGCCGCCCGCAAGAAACGGAUCUCGGUGAAGCAGAAGCAGGAGCAGGCAUGAAGCGGGGGUCCUCCUGCCCCUCCUCCUCCCUCCCUGCGCUCUACCUUCCUGCAUCCCCUCUAGGACCUGCCGACAAACCCACCUGCCUUGAGCUCCAUGAAACCAACCAGCCAAUCCCCUGCCCCCUUGUCCUUUGGAUCGUUGGACCACCACGCAACUCUGCCAGCCUGAUGGCAUGCCAGCACACCCGACGCCCUCUGCCCGCCUUCCCCUAGUUCACGUCUCCAGAGCUUCCACUUGGCCUUUUGGGAUUUGCCUAUGGGGGCAUGAACUUUGUCUGCGCCAGGGACUCUGCAAGAGUCUGAAGUGGGCCUUCCUGUUUUGGGGGGGCAGCUUCUCCCUCUCUGAGCGGUUUCUUGUCUUAUGCCCCCCAGCAGACUCAGGCAGAUGCCUUUGAAGCCCCCUCUGCAGCUUGACCCCACCUGGACUUAGAGGGCGACACGCUGGGACUACAUUAAGGGAAGGUUUCCCACCUGAUUGGACCUUCAGACUAUACCUGUUUAUGCUUCCCCAAUUUAGAGCCAGUCUACAUGCUCAGAAUAAUGAGAUGGGAAAGCUCUCUCAGGACUGUACCACUUCAAAAUGCAGGCAGGAAAUUGCACGUUUCCCCUGGCCAACUGCAUACAAACAGCACCCUGCACACCUAAGCAGAGCAUGUGCCAGAGUAAGCUAGUGUGUCUCUCUGAUACGCUAGUUUUCUCUGUAGGGGGAGCUAUUUUUGUUUUUGUAUUUACUGCAGGGGAAUAUUCGGUCCCCUGAUUUCCCCCACCUGCAUUCUAGUGCUGGUACAGCCCCGGGAGAGCUGUUCCACACCCAUUUCCCUGAAGGUGUAGGCCACCCCUUAGAGUCUGUUGCCAAACCAGCUACACUGUGUCUCCCCAUAUUCCGGCUCUGAGCCUCUAGUAAGUACCAAGGGCUGUACUGCUACACCCCGUUAAGUUGGCAUUUGCGAAAGGAAGUGAACAUAACUGACAGCCACAAGGGGGAAGCAGAGAGCCAGGCAGACCAAUGCGCACACUGACACAAUUUCAAACACUACCCAGUUCCUCUACAGCAGGAAUAGCCAGCACAUUUGUGUGACUUGACAGCUCUUGACUCUUCACAGCCAGGGGACAGGGUCGGAAGAAACCUUCAGUCCCUCUUUACUGCCGUCACUGCCAUUUCCAAGAAACUGAGCUGCUACUCACAAACCUUUGCAGAGGCAACUAGACCAUUGUCUGCGAAAUCAGUUCUGCUUUUCCCCGCUCCAAAGUCCUUCUCUGUUCAAAGACUUUGAUGCUCAAAGACUACCAUCAAGAAAUCUGGGGCUUCCCUGUCCCAAAUGUCUCCAUACCUUUGAAAGAGGAAUCUGAUAGGGAACUUUGACUUCAGACCAGCGAUCUCUCUGCU